AUGGAGCAAACGCUGUGGGGCCAUUUGCCAGUAUUGUUAAGGGCCAAUUCCAAAGACUCUAUUGAAUUCAUUCUUCAAGCCCUAUGGAGAACCAGAAAAACCGGUCUUCAAUCUGCUGAUAGAUGCAUUAUCCAAGAUAUGCUUCAACUAGAAAAUGACUCUGACCUCGAUCCACUUCUGGUUUGCCUUAGAAUGUUAAUCAGGAGAUACGUUUAUGAAAACACCUGCAAGGAUGAUAUUCCAAAGUUGUUUCCUGGGGAAGUUCUACCUGAAUUGCAAAAACUAUUGACACUUCUGUUGCAGAAGUUUCGGCUAGUGGCAAGAAGACGGGCUGAAAGAUCAGAGUGCAAGUAG